AAAACUUCAAUCAAAAUGAACUCAAAAGUGAAUUCGCUGGAGGAGAAAGUGAAACUGCCGCCCACAGAGACAAUAAGUCGCUGCUACCAGCCGCAGCAAAGCAACCGUAAGGUCAUCCGCAUCUUGACCGUCGCCGUCUACGUCCUAUGCGUCUCGCUGGCGGCCAUCAUGCUCUCGCUCUACUACAUAUUCAUAUGGGAUCCGACCAUCCGGCCGUUUGUUACCAAGGCCAAUCAUUGCGAUAAAAUUGUGAUACCCGAGAAAAUAGCAAUUCGCCUACUAAAUUCAUCGGAAGUCACUGCGGAGCAGUUCUACAAGCACAUCCUCGAGCAGUAUCGCAUCCAUAACCACCUGCAACAGCAGCGCCAGCAGUUCCUGCAGAAACAGCACCUCCAGCUCCAACAGCUGGAGGCGAGUAACCGCUUCCAGGAGAUCUUCGCCACGGCCACCAUCAUUCAGGCGCAUCCGCAUCCCAAUCCCCGGGAGCCGCUCAAGAAGCCCCUCGUCGUCCCCUCCGCCAAUAACAGCAGCAGUGGCAGCAUCAGUGACCUUGGAGCCUUCCGCAUGGAGCCGCCUGCCCCGCAACCAUCUAACAUGGAGGAGAUGGGCAAGGGUGCAACCACUGGCCAUCAUUUUCCCAUGCUGUUGGACACCUCGCCACCGGCGGACAGCUCCGGCAUAGGACACCUAAAGCGCAAGACGCAUCGUGGCCACUACAAGCAUCAUAGGGCGCGUGCGGGCGGGUUGAAGAAGCUGCCCUCCAGCUCAGGCUUAGGUAGCAGUUCCAUUUCUAGUUCUGCCACUGCCAGCACCACGUCCGCGGGUGAGCAGCUAGCGGCCACGGCUGCGGCAACAGUUCCCCAUGGCUACAUGGACACGCCGCUGAAUCCGGCGGCCGGCACAAUCGUGCAGCAGCCACAGCUGCAACUGUACACCUCGAUGCCGAUACCUUUGAUCCUCAGCCCCAGCGAGGAGAAGCGGCCCUCGCACCACGCCCACAACCAUGCGCACGGCGAGCGUCGAGGGGGGGCGCAGGCACGCAAGAGGACCACCACCGCCUCUGUCUCCGGUUACGACUCCCAGACGUACCUCAAUCCGUUCCUCACCGGCGAGCUGAUCUUCGAGAAGUAAGCGGAGACGCUCAGACCACGUCAACUUCCUGGUUUUACUCCAUUUUUUUACACGCUUACAUAUGUACUUACACAUAUACGUAUAGGAGGGAGACACAUAUAUACAUACAUACAUAUAUCUGAAUAGUUGGCCAAUUAUUGUUCAACCUGGAGAAAUAUGGGGCUUUCGGCACUCACUACAUAACUUAGGUAGUCAACCAGCCCAGAGAGGAUGGAAAACCUAUCACAACUUCAGAUAGAUGAUACAAAGAUACAUACAUACAUAUAAAGACCCAGGCAAUACUAUAUAGAGGAUGUUAUAAUAAUGUUACGUACAGUUCAAACGAUAGUUGAAACAAUACUAGUUACGAUGUUAGUUGAUGUACCACACUAGAACCACUCACACACACCACAUACAGCGAGAGACCACACGGACACGCGCAUUAUACGGGACCCACUUCAGUAGUCGAUCGAUAUAUAUCACAGAGAUCUCACCAGCAGCGGCCAGCUCCAGCUCAAGCUCAAGCUCACCAGCAAACUCACCCCACCUAGGACACUGCUUCCAGGCAGCUAGCGAAUGCUACUCCAACUACAAUAACUAGCUAACUUUAGAGAGUACAGAGAGUACCCAGAAAAUAACAUACUACCCACAUUAAGAUACGGAGACAAAAAUAUCAUAUUGAAAUGUUAAAAAAAAACAAAAAAAAACUGCACUCAAGUCACCUCACGCGAAGCGGGUUCUGCUUUGGCACCUCCUAGGAUCGAUGGAGAUCGGUUAUAUGCAUAUAGACAAAUACAAAUACACUCCAGGAAUUAUAGUCGUUCGGCUUGAAAUACCAAAUAGCCAAUACCCAACCCUACCCCACCCAGAAGAUAGGGGUCUUAACGUGCCCAGCUCUAAGACAUAUUUGCAUACCCAAA